GUUUACUGAAUAUUUCCCCUUUCAGUCUCUGUGGGGAGCAGGCUUGGCUACUAACUCUGUACUAGACAAUUAAAUUAUGUAUAAAAGUUUCAGAAACAAUGCAAAAUUGGACUGCAGAAACAUUAAACGACAGCCAGAGCUUUGGAAGUUUUGGCAAAUCUUGGGAAAAAGUAACACAUCCUUAUGAUUGUUGUUCACAACCAUUUGGGAAGCCUAAUCUCAGCUUUUAUCAGACAAUCAGAAGACCGCUGAAGAAAUGUCAUAUUUUAUUUAAGAAUUUUCUGAAGGGACCCUCUCGGAUUUCCACCGUAGAAACAAGCUCAUCUCUGGAUGAGUGUAAAGCCAUAAUCAGAGAACUGGCCACCGAGCUACAUCGGAUAUCAAAGUAUCAAGAUAAUUUCAACACCAGCCACGAGGAUGGCUACAGCCUGGCAGAGUGUCAACAGUUCAUCCUACAAUGGGCGGAGGAGUUGAGCAUCUUACCAAAGAUAUCCGUGGGGCAAAGCAGGAGCUCACCAAAGCCCCUGCGUACCUGCUGGGAGGACUAUGAGGUAGAGGAGAGAACAUCUCCAAAAGAGGCUGAGAGAAGACUGGCAGAAGCUCAGCGCAUCAUCUCAGGAUGGGCUGCAGGACUACAAACACGAAAACAGGACUCAGUGUGUCCAGGAGAGGAUGUCUGUUCAGUCCUGCAGGAUCUGGAGGGACAGUGGAAGAGUGGGAAACUACCCAACAUGCUCCCUGUCAUGGACUUCAUAAUCUGGACUGUGUUACAGGAACAACCUAAAGAGGGCUCCAUCCCAGAGCUGUGGCUCAAAUCCAAGCAGAGGUUCAAACACUCAGGCUUCACCACAGUGAUUCCUGAAUCAGUAUGGGACUGGAUAAGCAAAGCAUCAGUUGACAUCCUCUUGGACCCUGAAUCAGCCAAUCCAGAUUUCAUAGUGUCCAACAAUCAGAAACGUGUGAGAGUGGGCAAAAUAAUAGAGAGUAAACAUGAUCCUAGAGACGGAUACCGUCACUGCCGCGCAUCUCACAAGUAUGACGGGUGGUGGUGUGCACUGGGAACACAGGGCUUUACCAAGGGUAGGCAUUACUGGGAGGUGGGGGUGGACGGGAAGACAGACUGGAGGAUAGGGAUAGCUAAGGAGUCUGCACCAAGAAGAGGCUUCAGUCAACUGAACACAUCAACAGGUUACUGGACACUACGGAUGCAGAUCAGUGGGCUGAAGGCUCUAACUGUUCCGGCUGUUGAUAUCAAGAUUCCAGAAAAUCUCAAGAAGAUUGGGGUCUACCUUGACAUGGAGGAGGGGCAGCUCUCCUUUUAUGACGUUGUAAGACGCAGCCAUAUCUACACCUUCAAUAACACGUUUUCUGAACAGGUUUAUCCAGUCUUUGGCACAGUAGAGACAGACAGAGACCUUAUCAUACUGUAGUACACAGCUAAAUAGAAAAUAAAAGUCACAGAAGUUAUUGAGGAUGUCUCAUGACUAAGAACCACCCUAGACCACCCUAGACAACCGUAGACCACCCUAGACAACAGUAGACCACCCUAGACCAGUCUAGACAACCGUAGACCACCCUAGACAACCGUAGACCACCCUAGACCACCCUAGACAACCGUAGACCACCCUAGACAACAGUAGACCACCCUAGACAACAGUAGACCACCCUAGACAACAGUAGACCACCCUAGACCACCCUAGACAACCGUAGACCACCCUAGACAACCGUAGACCACCCUAGACAACCGUAGACCACCCUAGACCACCCUAGACAACUGUAGACCACCCUAGACAACAGUAGUCCACCCUAGACCACCCUAGACAACCAUAGACCACCCUAGACAACAGUAGACCACCCUAGACAACCGUAGACCACCCUAGACAACCGUAGACAACCGUAGACCACCCUAGACAACAGUAGACCACCCUAGACAACCGUAGACCUCCCUAGACAACAGUAGACCCCCCUAGACAACCGUAGACCACCCUAGACAACAGUAGACAACCGUAGACCACCCUAGACCACCCUAGACCACUCUAGACAACCGUAGAGCACCCUAGACCACUCUAGACAACCGUAGACCACCCUAGACAACCGUAGACCACCCUAGACAACAGUAGACCACCCUAGACCAGUCUAGACAACCAUAGACCACCUUAGACAGCAGUAGAUCACCCUAGACCACCCUAGACAACCAUAGACCACCCUAGACAACCGUAGACAACCGUAGACCACCCUAGACCACCCUAGACAACCGUAGACCACCCUAGACAACAGUAGACCACCCUAGACCACCCUAGACCACUCUAGACAACUGUAGAGCACCCUAGACAACCGUAGACAACCGUAGACCACCCUAGACCACCCUAGACCACCGUAGACCACCCUAGACCACCCUAGACAACCGUAGACAACCCUAGACCACCCUAGACAACCAUAGACAACCGUAGACCACCCUAGACCACCCUAGACAAGCGUAGACCACCCUAUACCACCCUAGACAACCGUAGACCACCCUAGACCACCCUAGACAACCGUAGACCACCCUAGACAACAGGCCAUCAUGUGAUGACAUCCCCAUAUUUUUAACAUUGACAUUUUGGCGAAAUUACUCUGCCCAUGAUAGCACCAAUUAUGCCACAAAAAAAACACAGCUAAUUCCAUACAUGACAUGGUGUAUAUAAUAUUUACUAACUUUGUUCUGUUCUCUUCCAUCGCCAAAGCACAGCUAAUUCCAUACACAACAUUGAUCUUUGAUCUGUUCUCUUCCAUCGCCAAGCACAGCAGGUCGAUGGUAAUCCAUAAUGGUGACCAUCUAUUAUCCUUAAUCCAGUUAGAAAUCAGCUGUUUGCUAGAGUCUAUCUUCCUAAAGAGUGUCUGCAUUAUGAUUAAUGAAGCCAGAUGUAUCUUUCUUUAUGACUUGGGAAGCUUUACUUUCUGAAUUUGAAUGAUAAUAUGACAUUAGAUGUUUACUAUAAUUUCAUAAUUUGAGGUUAGCUACAGUAAUAAUUUUUAAAUUUUUUCAUACUUCCUCAAUGAGUUUGUAAAGCACUGACGAAGCUACAGAAGAUAAAAAUGUUUGUUUAUUCUUUGUUUAUGCACUUUGCACUUUGCACUUUCUGUUAUUCUUUCAAGUAUGGAUUAAACAGAGCAUAUUUUAGUA